CAUUGGAACUAGUUUAGUCAGCAUGGUUUCGUCGAGUCACCGCCUUUGCUCUUUGGGCUUGACUGCGUUGGUUUGACGACGACGACGACGUUACUUGACUCGACUACGUUGACGCUUCUGUAUGGCCGCUUUGGCUGCGAUGUGUCCACCUGGCGGCGUGGAUGGGCUCCAAAUGCACCCGUUGACAAGUAGGAAUAGCUGGUUGCACGGGAUGUAUACCCGCUGAGGGGGACCCAAGGCUGCCCUGCCCCGUGAUAUCAUGCUAUUCUUUUUCUGAAGGUUGCUUCACUGUUGUUGCUGUUGGUAGGUGUGCCUUACCACAUCAUAUCAACCCAAUAUGAGGAACAACUCCACUUCUCAUAUACUUCGUGAUUGGAGAACCAGAGGACCCUUUCUCCGAUGUUCAUGCAGCCGCCGGCUGAGUUUAAAAUAUGUGAGGUUAUCGGAACGAGCGCUUGAGAGAUGGAGCUCGGUAUAAGAUAUCCCUCUCAUCUGCUCUGUUGUGAUUGCACCAAGUACCAGUAUAAGCAUUGAAUUCUUGUAUAUUUGAUUUCAUGCUAUUUCUUUAUUUUUUAGGUCAAAGAGUGACUUUCUGUUAAGACAAUGCACAGAGAUCGACAGAGAUACAGUGCUGAGUGGCAGAAAAUGAUGCCCAAUUCAGUCACUACCAGCAAUUAUCAUCAUCACAAUACUUCACAGUUUGACAAUGAUGGCCAUCAAUCUUAUCAAUCUCUCCAGAACCACCUAGAGAAAAAAGUGUUGUUGUCGCCUUUUUCAUCGAAACAGGAAGACAGCCCUUUGCAAAAUGUGAAAGCUCCAAUGAACAACUGCUGUUCAUCCUCAUCCAUUUCCUGCAAAAGCCCCUUAAUCCACCCGAGUCAUUACUGUCCUGUACAGGUUAUCAGUGCUCUGAUAUCCUCAUUGUCGAAAGACAUAGGCAGAACGCGAAGCUGUAAGCGCGCCCCACCUACGGCUGCCUCUGCCACCCUCCCAUUGCCAUCGAGUGUUGUUCGGCCUCAGAAGUCCAGACGGGCGCGCAACAAGUCCGCCUCCAGCAGUUUAGAGUCGCCUUCAUCGGAGUGGCUAAACUUGAUAAGUUCAUGGCCAAGGAAAGCACAGGUUUCCCGAGAAACCGCAAAUCCACGCUCCUAUGCCGCGUUAACCGCGGAAGCUAGCCUCAACGCUGAUUUUUUGGAUUGCGACUACACCAUGGCAGAUCCCGCCUCUGUAAUAGCUGGAGCGUAUCUUCCCAUUGGCUCAAUAUCUACAGUGACGGUUAUGCCUGGCGGUGCUGUAGAAUGUAAAGCCGAUGUCACCGUUAACGCUUUUGAGUCAACUUACAGUUUGCAUCGCUGUAUCCUCGAGAGAGUCCCUUACUUUGCUGCCAUGCUUUCCGGCCAAUGGAAUGAAACUGGCAACCACGUACUUUCAAUCUUUCCCGAUGAAAUGGACCCAAACAUCACGAGAGUGGGAUUUGAAGUUGCUCUUGAGUAUAUGUACGGUCGGAAAGUUAUGGACUUGAUCGAAUUGGAUCCUAUCGGGGUAUUCGCCGCCUGCCAAUGGUUAGAUCUCUCUGAGCCGUUGAAAUGGGCAGUUCAAAAUAUCAUGCACCACUUGGAUAUCUCGAACAUCCAUUUGAUUUUGUCUAUAUUCACUGAAUAUCACUAUGGGAAGGAAGGAAGAGUGGUACUAGAUGCUGCGAAGUCUUUACUGCGCCUACGUGGCUGUGAAAUGCCACUCGCUGUUUGGGAUCACAUCCCCGCGGAGAUCGUCAGAGACAUAGUUGGUGGCGAUGCGUUUUACAUGCCCUCCGAGCUCAAGCGGUGGGAGUACGCAGUGUCCCUUCUAGACCGAGUUCUGGAGUCUAAAGCCUCGAAAAUGCGAAUCCCCUUCUUGAACGACAACGCCUCAGCUCCUGCCCAUGUUAAACGUCAAUUGGAAGGCAUCCUUCCCGAUGACCCUCCGGAAGCCGACACGGACACGGAGCUGGAUUUUGAAACGGAUCGCCAAUUCUCGGAAGAUAUGCACAAUCAGUGGCUCAAUCUCUACACGCACCCGGACAUCCUUCCUAUCCGACAAAUGAUUAUGGAAGACAUUGCAUACAUGCACAUCCCGCUUGAGCAUUUUCGAAGAGUUCAGUCUCAUCGUGACAUCUUCGGGGUGCGUCCUGUUCAGCCGGCUGUGAUCCAUUCUGCGUUUGUACAGGCAUUAAAGCUUGCGCACCUGGUCGAUACUGCUGAUGAGUUCAGCCUGAAAUUGGAUAUCGGACAUGCUACGUUCAUGAGCGAGUUUCCCGCACGCCAGCGCUCGCAAAUACACCGUUUCCACAUAGAUUCCGGCUUUUACCCAUGCUCCAUGCCUGGUGGGGAUGUGAUCCGCCGCGAAUAUCCUGUUACGAAGGAAGAUACAACAACGUCGAACCUUACAGUUACGCGUAAGGCAAGAGGGUUUAUUCAUCAGGACUGCAACAAGCACGCAGGGCAACAAGGAUUCCGUACCAGUCAUCUCGUUAUGGGCUGGGAACGUCGCGAUUUCAUAAAACCACUGCCAAUCAAUUCCACUGUCACGCAUCCUGACCACAGCCCCUUUCCGCCAUUUAGAUUCUCAACAACCUUUCCCCACCCGGCCACACUGGAAAAUAGGCAACGAUUAUUCUCGUCUCCUUUCUGGUACGCAGGUGCAACAUGGGUCCUCUAUCUCUGCCACAACACCAUCCCCAAAGCGAGCAGCGUAGGACUCUACCUCCGACGCAUCUACGACACUCGCCCCGCGGAACCUUCUCUGGAAAGCUGGAGCUCCCGCAUCAACCCACCAGGCAUGGCCCACUACGAACCGCUCGUCGCUUGCCACUCCAGACCCAGCAACCCCCACCUAGACGAGCCGUCCAACUAUUACAACGAAGCUUACCCAAGACUCGAUCUCGUCGGAGAUAGGUUCGGGUCCCGAAACGGCGUGGGACACUCUCUUGGGCGCGAGAGGGAUACCCCUGCCCUGCUCCCCUACGUCGACAUUCGCUCUUCUGUCACCGCGCACUUCAAGCUAUACUCCAAUUUCGUGUGUGCGGGACAGCCAGCGUGCUUUCAGAGCAAGCCGGAGCAGUUUCAGAUCGAUAGGUGCUGGGGGUGGGAUGUGCGCGUGCCUGAUGGGCAGGAGCCGUUGUUGGACCUAUGUGGUAAUCCAUUGAAUGAGAGGCAGUUGAAGAUUUGUUUGGUUAUUGGCAUCCUGUGAGGUGUGGUAGUUAAUGGCUAAGAAAAAUAAUCAUAUAGUAAAUAUGACUGCCUCUUCAGUUGUGUCUAAUGAUCAUCUUCACUAUUUCUUGUCUCUUUUCAACAUCUCUUAUUUUCUGUUUCAAGUUCUUCUAAUCUUCAACUUCACUUGUUUCUUGUUUCUAUGUCAAACUUCUUUAUAUGUGCCUCUCUUUUCUUCUCUUUCCUUCUCUUUCUUUUCUUUUUCUUUCUUUUCUUUCUUUCUUUCUUUCUUUCUUUUUUUUUUUUUUUUUUUUUCACAUAUCUCACUCUUCUAUUUUUCAAUUUAGCUUUCACUUCAGAUGAGCUCUCAAUGAAUCAUGAA